GUCUGCGUUUCCGCCUUUCCUUUUGUUUUUCUCAGGUUUUGCGUGGGAGGCGGUCCCGGGAUUUCAAGGGUCUACGCGCUUUUCUAUGGCGAAUGCAACCCGAUGAGGGAGUGGGGUUCCGAACUGACCUCCAGUCAGGUCCAUCACUGCAUCUUGGUAUUUGCUGUUCCUCUGUCCUGACUUGAUCUUGCACUCAGGAAAGAUCUUCAAGAAUUACCUAAUUUUGGUCUGGCGCGGUGGCUCUCGCCUGUAAUCCCAGCACUUUGGGAGGCCGAGGCGGGUGGAUCACCUGAGGUCAGAAAUUCGAGACCAGCCUGACCAACAUGGUGAAACCCCGUCUCUACUAAAAAUACGAAAAGUAGCCGGGCGUGGUGGCGCAUGCAUGUAAUCCCAGCUACUGAGGCGGAAAAUUGCUUGAACCCGGGAGGCGGAGGUUACAGGUAGCCAAGAUCGCACUAUUGCACUCCAGACUGGACAACAAGAGCGAAACUCCGUCUCAAAAAAAAAACAAAAACAAAGAAUUACCUAAUUUUGCCUCAUUUGUUAGAAGAAAAAGAUUUUUUUUGUUUUUUUGUUUGUUAAGGUCACUGACUUGUUCAGGAUCACAGUUAGUUAGUAGGGAAGACUAAGUCACAUCUCCUGACCCCUAAGCCAGUACUGUCUACUUUUCCACACACAUCAAAGCAAGUUUAAAAUAUCCCUUUGAGAAAUAGCAACAAAGUUAGAUGAAGAAAUUAAAACUGAUUUUUUCUUUGAAGCACUGCCGCUUAUGGCUUUCUGUGGAGUAACUCACCAGAGGUUAAGUAACAUUACUGGGAAAAUAGAUAGCUUAGUCCUAUUUUUUACAAUGGUUUUAGUGUUAAUGUUCCUUCAUUAAAUAUAUUGUUAACUUGUUUGGCCAAUAUUAUCAUUAUACUUUUUUUGUGAACACCGAGGGAGAUUGAAAUCCUUAGGAAGCAAAUAUUUACUUUCACCCGGUAAAAAAUCUUGUGCCCAAGAGCUACAUAAUUAUGUUGGAGUUAUUCUUUCACCAUUUCUACCGCCUAUUCCGAAGUGUUCUUCCACCAUUUCUACCCCCUAUUCCAAAGUGUCAGAGGACUUUGAUAUUCUCCCAGAGGAAGCAUUUUACCUAGUGGCUGUAUCUUCAGAGUUGUCUCCGUCUUUCCAAGAACAGAACAAAAUGAACAAGCAGUGAUCCCUAAAAGAUGUGCCCUAGAGGAUAUCCGGAACAAUCCAAUUGGAUGUCUUCUCCGCUGUACUCCACAGAGGUUUCAAAUAUAAUGGUAGAACAGAAGUCCCAGGAGUCAGUAUCAUUUAAAGAUGUGACUGUGGGCUUCACCCAGGAGGAGUGGCAGCACCUGGACCCUAGUCAGAGGGCUCUGUAUAGAGAUGUGAUGCUGGAGAACUACAGCAACCUUGUCUCAGUGGGGUAUUGUGUUCACAAACCAGAGGUGAUCUUCAGGCUGCAACAAGGAGAAGAGCCAUGGAAACUGGAGGAAGAAUUCCCAAGCCAAAGCUUUCCAGUCUGGACAGCUGAUCACCUGAAAGAGAGGAGCCAAGAAAACCAAUCUAAACAUUUGUGGGAAGUUGUAUUCAUCAAUAAUGAAAUGCUGACUAAGGAACAAGGUGAUGUAAUAGGAAUACCAUUUAAUGUGGACGUAAGCUCUUUUCCUUCCAGAAAAAUGUUCUGUCAGUGUGAUUCAUGUGGAAUGAGUUUCAACACUGUUUCAGAAUUGGUUAUCAGUAAGAUAAACUAUUUAGGAAAAAAGUCUGAUGAAUUUAAUGCCUGUGGGAAAUUGUUACUCAAUAUUAAGCAUGAUGAAACUCAUACUCAAGAGAAAAAUGAAGUUUUGAAAAAUAGGAACACACUGAGUCAUCAUGAGGAGACUUUGCAGCAUGAGAAGAUUCAAACUUUAGAGCACAAUUUUGAAUACAGUAUAUGUCAGGAAACCCUCCUUGAAAAGGCAGUAUUCAAUACACAGAAGAGAGAGAUCGCAGAAGAGAAUAACUGUGAUUAUAAUGAAUUUGGGAGAACUUUGUGUGAUAGUUCAUCCCUCUUGUUCCGUCAGAUAUCUCCAUCAAAGGACAAUCACUAUGAAUUUAGUGAUUGUGAGAAGUUCUUAUGUGUGAAGUCCACCGUUUCUAAACAUGGGGUAUCUAUGAAACACUAUGAUUGUGGUGAAAGUGGGAAUAAUUUCAGGAGGAAAUUGUGUCUGUCACACCUUCAGAAAGGUGAUAAAGGAGAGAAACACUUUGAAUGUAAUGAAUGUGGGAAAGCUUUCUGGGAGAAGUCACAUCUCACUCGGCAUCAGAGGGUGCACACAGGAGAGAAACCCUUUCAAUGUAAUGAAUGUGAAAAAGCUUUCUGGGAUAAGUCAAACCUCACUAAACAUCAAAGAUCACACACAGGGGAGAAACCUUUUGAAUGCAAUGAAUGUGGGAAAGCCUUUAGCCAUAAGUCAGCCCUCACAUUACACCAGAGAACACAUACAGGGGAGAAACCCUAUCAAUGUAAUGCGUGUGGGAAAACUUUUUGCCAGAAAUCUGACCUCACUAAACAUCAGAGAACACACACAGGGCUGAAACCCUAUGAAUGUUAUGAAUGUGGAAAAUCCUUCCGUGUGACUUCACACCUUAAAGUACACCAGAGAACUCACACAGGUGAGAAACCUUUUGAAUGUCUUGAGUGUGGGAAAUCCUUUAGUGAAAAGUCAAAUCUUACACAGCAUCAGAGAAUUCACAUAGGAGAUAAAUCUUAUGAAUGUAAUGCAUGUGGGAAAACUUUCUACCACAAGUCAUUACUCACCAGGCAUCAGAUAAUUCAUACAGGGUGGAAACCUUAUGAAUGUUAUGAAUGUGGGAAAACCUUCUGCUUGAAGUCAGACCUCACAGUACAUCAGAGAACACACACAGGGGAGAAACCCUUUGCAUGUCCCGAAUGUGGGAAAUUCUUUAGCCAUAAGUCAACCCUCUCUCAACAUUAUAGAACACACACAGGGGAGAAACCCUACGAAUGUCAUGAAUGUGGAAAAAUAUUUUACAAUAAAUCAUACCUAACUAAACAUAAUAGAACACAUACAGGGGAGAAACCCUAUGAAUGUAAUGAAUGUGGAAAAACCUUCUACCAGAAGUCACAACUCACUCAGCAUCAGAGAAUUCACAUAGGGGAGAAACCCUAUAAAUGUAAUGAGUGUGGAAAAGCUUUCUGCCAUAAGUCAGCUCUAAUUGUACAUCAGAGAACCCAUACACAAGAAAAGCCCUAUAAAUGUAAUGAAUGUGGAAAAUCUUUCUGUGUAAAGUCAGGACUUAUUUUCCAUGAGAGAAAGCACACGGGGGAGAAACCCUAUGAAUGCAAUGAAUGUGGGAAAUUCUUCAGGCACAAAUCAUCACUCACAGUACAUCACAGGGCUCACACAGGAGAGAAAUCUUGUCAAUGUAAUGAAUGUGGAAAAAUCUUUUACCGUAAAUCAGAACUUGCUCAACAUCAGAGAUCACAUACAGGGGAAAAGCCCUAUGAAUGUAACACAUGCAGGAAAACUUUCUCUCAAAAGUCAAAUCUCAUUGUACAUCAGAGAAGACAUAUAGGAGAAAACCUUGUGAAUGAAAUGGAUAUUAGAAAUUUCCAGCCACAAGUCAGCCUCCAUAAUGCCUCAGAGUAUUCACACUAUGGAGAAAGCCCUGAUGACAUCCUGAAUGUUCAGUAACUAUCCACAAACUCGCCUUAUGUUACUCCAAAGUAAUAGUAGGGGAUAAACCCAUAGACUACAACAAUUAUAGGACAGCUUUUGUUAGGAAGUGAUAUUCUAUGUAAUAUCAGAUGGUUAAUACGGGCAUAACACCUUACAGAUUUUUUUGAAUUUGUGAAAGUUUUUGGAAAAAAUGCAAAUAAGAUUAUGUUAGAAUUUACGCCGAGGAGAAAAUUGUCAAUUUAAGAAAUCUAAAGUGAAAAUUUUGCUUAGAAAUAAAAUACGACAAGUUAUGUUUUGAGUUUGAUGCCAUAAUAGUUUUUAGGGCACCUAACAAUAAUUUAUAGAUGUAUAUUGUGGAAUGUAAAGCUUUAAGAACUUAAAAAAAGGUAAUAAUUAAAAUAACCUCACAAGAAGUUUAAUGAGUAGAGAGAAUUCCCAUGUACACUUCACCAAACUUCCUCUAAGGAUAAUGUAUAAUCAUAGUAUAUGGUCAAGUCCAAGAAAUCGAUGUUACCUUGCUGGUAGAUACAGACUUAGUCAGAUUUUACUAUGGUUUGCAUGCACUCUGUGUGUGUGUGUACGUGUAUGUGUGUGUGUGUGGUUAUAUCAAACUUUUACCACUUUUACAUUUGAGUAACCAUCAACACGAUUAGUUUACAGAACUGAAAAGGAAUCUGAGAUCUGUACUGUAUCAGGAUUACAAAGGAUUUAGCCUCAAGUAGUUCCCUUUUUGUAUUAAUAACCACACGCUUCCUGCAACCCUAUCCCUUGCAUCCACUUGACUAUGAAGUUUUUUUAAAGCACAGAUAAAUUGAAUAAUCAGGGCAAUAGCAUUAAGCACAUCUGCGAAUUAUCCCUGAAGUUCAAAAGACUUACAUAUGUAUAAGUGGUAUGUGAUAUAAAUCGUGUGUUUCAUAUGCAUAAUGGAAUUUAACGUAAUUGUGAAUAGGAAGUAGGUAUCCUAGUUUAGUAGUGGUUACAUUAUCAGGCCCAUCCCAGAUAUUUGUCAUGUCCUGAAACAAUUUAAAAGGAGACCCACAGAGCUAAUGUUUAUCCAUUUAAAAGGUAUAAAUCAAAAUAACAAAUUAUCUAAAAAAAAUCUAUCCUGUACAUGUGAAGAUCUAGGCUUGCCUCCAUGUUACUCCCUUUCUCUUCCUACCUGUGGCUCAUGCCAUGCCAUGAAGUGCCUAGGGUACAUAUGUGAACAUUCCAGCCUUCAGCAUAAGUGAUAGUCCAAAUUUUCUUUAAGCAGCUGCUCUCCAAGACAGGGCCCUGGAAAGGCCCACACAUACAGCCCAGGGCUGCCCAGGGCUGUUGGACUGUCAUUUCAAGGCUCAUUGUCCCCAGACAGGGAUCUGGGCCCUCAGACUUUUGAGAAUAUGAAGAGGAGGGUUGAAGCUGGAGCAGAACCAGAAUCAAGCUGGUGUGGGGCUUUUAUUGACAGUGUGAAGAUUGUACACUAUAUUACAUGAUCAGAUCAUACAAAUAAUCUAAGAUUAUACAGUCUGGUGAUCCUAGAUUACACAAGUAAUCUAAGCUUCCACUUUAGGAAACUAGAAAAAGAAGAGCAAAUUAAAUCCAAAGUAACCUGAAAAAACGUUAGAGUAAAAA